AUGCCGAUUCCGCUUAUUGGUGGGCUGCCGUUCGAUCUCACAGAGGGAGACGUGCUCAUCAUAUUCUCACAAUACGGUGUGCCGGUAUUUGUCAAGUUGAUGAGGGACAGCGAAACGGGAGCAUCGAAAGGAUUUGCAUUUUUGAAAUAUGAGGAUGUGCGAUCUACUGUUCUGGCGGUGGACAAUCUGAAUGGAGCCAAGGUAUUGGGUAGAGUACUAAGGGUGGAUCAUACCCGUUUUGAUCCAAACAAACACGACAAUGAGCGCGAAGAUGUGAGCAGAAUGUGGGAUGAAGCUAUUGCAAAAGACAUGGCUGAAAACGACUUUGCAAGCGCAAAGGAGAGGAAGGAGGAGGAGGAGGAAAGGUUACAGCUGGAGAAUCCUGAGGAUGACGUUUUUGCUGAUCCCAUGAAAAACUUUGAAAAGAAGUCAUCAGAACACAAAGAUGAUGACCCAGGACAUUCACACAGACCGCAUAGAUCGCACAAAUCUCACAAAUCGCACUCAUCUCACAGAACGCACUCCCAUUCCAGAGGAGAAGACCAAUAA